AUGUCGGACACCAAGUUGGAUCUCCCGCAGCCGGCGUCGUCGACGACCAGCAAGCGCGGACUCGGCGAGUAUUUGAUGGAGGAGGUCGAUGGAAUGCAGGCGACAUGGCAGCUCACUGCUUACUGCUUCAUGACCGGCUGGAUCGACGCCAUCUCGUUCUCGGCCGUGUUCGUAUGGUGCGCCUUCCAGACAGGAAACACCCUGCAGCUUGCCCUCGCCCUCGCGCGCCUCUUUGGCCCGGACCACGAUACCUCCUUCCAUACCCCGGAUAAGCAGGCCCUGACCUCGCUCCUGACCUUCCUCUUCGGCGCAUUCCUCGGCCGCAUCGGCGACCGCAUCGGCGCUCGGACCCGAUUGUGGCUCAUCGGUGGUACCAUGAUCCAGGCGCUCUUCACCAUGGCCGCUGCCGUCGCGAUCUGGCAGAGCGGGCAGCAGAGCGUCGCGGCGGAUCGCGGGAGCCCGUCUUGGACGAACGCGUUGUCGUAUGUGACGAUUGCGUUUAUGAGCGCUAGUAUGGGUCUGCAGGGUAUUAUGGGCAAGCGCGUGAACUCGCAGUUUGCUACGACCAUCGUGCUUACAACCGUAUGGUGCGAGCUUAUGGCCGACCCCAAGCUCUUCCACCUCAAGAACAUCGUCAUCACCCGCGACCACAAAGUCAUGGGCAUCUUCGCGCUCUUCCUCGGCGGCUUCGUCUCGCGCGCCAUUCUCCAGAGUAUCGGCUCCGACUCGUCCCUCGGCAUCGCAUGUGGUGUCCGCGUUCUGAUGGCGCUCUCUUGGCUGUUCGUCCCGGCCAAGAAGGUUGCCGGCAAGUCGUAG